AUGACUGGUCAAGCCGCGGUUGAGCCUACAGAGGCUGCUGAUAUCCAUCCUAUGGACAUUGAGCAAGGAAAUCAAUCAGGGUUCUCAACGGUUAAAGCCUUUUAUUCGCAUCCAUGGACUCAGAUCGUGCUUAUAAGCUUCAUUUGUUUCUGUUGCCCAGGAAUGUACAAUGCUCUCGGAGGGCUAGGUGGCUCUGGUCAGGUAGACCCAACGGUAGCGGCGAAUGCGACCGUUGCUCUUUUAUCUUGUACCGCUGGCACAGCUCUAUUCAUCGUUGGCCCACUCUUCACAUACACUGGCCCACGGCUCUGUCUGAUUUUGGGUGGGUGGACAUAUGCGCUGUACAGUGGCAGCUUACUCAACUUCAAUCAUCAUGACAAUGGUGCUUUUGUCAUUGCAUCUGGAGCCAUUCUUGGUGUAGGUGCUUCCAUGCUCUGGGUUGUACAAGGCGCAAUCAUGACGACGUACGUGGCCGAAUCACAAAAAGGCCGUGCAAUCGCAGUGUUCUGGAUUAUCUUCAAUCUGGGAGGGGGCGUCGGCAGUCUUGCGUCCUUCGGCCUCAACUUCAGGAGCAAGUCUGGCACAGUAUCAGACUCGACCUAUAUCGCGUUGAUGAUCAUCAUGCUAUUGGGUUGGGGUCUCGGUCUGUUCAUAUGCUCACCGAAGCGAAUUCGACUUGCGCAGCUCCACGCUGCUGUAGAAACGGAGAAACAUUCUCUGCGUGGCACCACUGAGAUUGUCAUUCGCACCUUGGCUAGCUGGCGUGUCGCCUGCAUGCUGCCAUUGUUCUUCUGCGCGAAUGUAUUUUAUUCCUAUCAGCAGAACAACGUCAAUGGAAUGACCUUCAACAUCCGGUCUCGCUCCCUGAACGGCGCGCUAUAUUGGAUCGCGCAGAUGCUAGGUGGCCUUUUUAUCGGUGUCAUUCUCGACCUUCCGUUCUUGAGCCGUCCGAUACGCGCCCGAGUGGGCUGGGGUGUUCUCCUGGUUACCGGCAUGUCAAUCUGGGGUGGAGGUUAUGCCUUCCAGAAAUGGCAAGACCGGCGCCUCGCCGCAGGAUUGAAGCAGGAUGUUGACUACACCCAAAGUUCGAUCUCGACCGGCCCGAUAUUCCUGUACAUCUUUUACGGCAUGUACGAUGCCCUGUGGCAAGGAUACUGCUAUUGGCUCAUCGGAACCGAAUCCAAUUCAACGUCGAGAGCCGCAAUACUGGUGGGUGCCUACAAGACUUUCCAGGCAACGGGCGGCGCAAUGGCGUGGAGGAUCAACGCCUUGCAUAAGAGCCCAAUGAGCCAGUUGGCGAUGAAUUGGGGCCUCUCGAUGGGUGCUCUUGCAAUUGUGAUUCCCACGGUAUGGACAGUGACAGCGGUGACUUUGGAGAGUCCCGUUAGAGAUCCUGAGCUUGAGAUGAAAAUCCGGGAAGUGGAGCAACUCGAGGAGGACAGGAAGUGA